AGAAUCAUAAUCGCUGAUUGUUUUGCAUAAUUAAUAUAAUUAUGUAAAUACUGACAUGAAUGUAUACAUUACACAUCAUGUGAAAUUUUAUUAAAAAAGUAUAAAAAGUCAUAAAGUACUCAAUAACGGUUUGAACGACAUUGUGGAAUUUAUUUGUUCAAAACAGUCUUCUUAUAAUAUCUUCCGUGUUCUGAUGUUCAAAUGUGAUAAGUGAUAAUAACAGUGACAUGUGUCAGUGGUUGCUACGAGGAUUUGAGUUGAUUGACAACGAGUCAAUUCUAAUGAAUGAAUCUAACAUAUUCCUGUAUUGGAUUUUACAAAGCGUGAGCUAAUUCAGCGGCGACAAAAGAUAUUUAAGAGCUUGGCACAUACUGGUCGCAGCAAUAAUGCUUGAUGACGGAUAUAGUGUAUGUUCUCACUAAUAUAUCUCUUAAAUUGUUAUAAAAAACUGGAUUUGAAAAGCAUUUCAAAAACCUCUCACAGACGUCGACGAAUGAAACUAUUGGAUUUUAUGUAGGCAAUUGCUAUGUAAAACAAGGAGCUUGAAGUGUAAAGUCAACGGCAAAUCAAGUAGACGACGGAUAUAGUAAAAACUGUGACGGAAAUAUAUCAUAAUUGAGAAAAGGAUAGGAUAAGCAACACAGCUCCAACUAAAAGUCGACGUUGGCGUGACAAGUCAUCAAACAAAAGUGCACUCAUUAAAAAGCAAUAUUGUAAGAACAGAAAUUGGCCAAAAAAGUUAAUUUGAUUACAAUUUGAUUAAAAUACAAUAAUUUUGUUUAAAUGAGUUUAUUUUAUAAAUAGGCUAGUGAACAGCUAGAUAUAUAGCGAAUGUAUCUGCAUAGUUUCAAAGUGCCUUGUGUUUAGUGUUCUUAAGCAAUACCGUACAUCAAAGAAAAUGGAAAAUCAAACAUAUUUGAUGUAUCAUAAUUAUUCAAAUGAAUCAAAUAUUACAUUUAUUUUAGAUCAUGUUCAUCCUUCGCAUCCAGUUUCGGAAUUCAUUUACAACUAUAUUUGUCCGAUUUUUGUUCCUAUUGGAAUUAUCUGCAACCUAUUGACAUUCAUUGUACUGCUAAGACCACCGAUCAACAAUAUCUCAGUGUCAGUUUACCUUAAGGCGUAUAGUUUGGCUGCAAUGCUCACGUGGACACUCCUGAUAAAGCUGAACUGGGUUCUUGACAAAGCAGAAUUACGCCACUUUAGUAGAAUGUCUCAAAUAAGCUGUCGAAUUUGGUCGUUCUUGACUUGUAUUGUUACAUUUUCUGGAUUCUGGUUCAUAACAGGUGCAGCAGUGGACAGAGUGUUUAUUCUUUGGACACCUAAAAGAGCACAGUGUUUAUGUACAGUGUUCAUGGCAAAAAACGCAGUCGUUUUUAUUAUGAUAGGUUUAACUGCUGUAAGCAUACACUCUCUUUGGAUGUACGAUAUGUCGCCAAAUCAGGACUGUUAUUUUGUAAGGGAUGACUACUUCAAUCAACUUUGGUUGUGGACGUCAGGUUUCUUGUUAGGAUGUUUGCCUUUAAUAUUACUGUUUACUUUCGGGAAUUUAAUGAUAAUACGAUUUUGCCUUAAACAUCACGGCAGACAGAUUCCGGAUAUAUCUAAAAAUGAGAUGGAUGUUACAUACACUGUAAUGAUCAUUUCAAUUACUGUUUUUACAUGCGCCAUGCCAUCGAACAUCUUACACUUUAUGCAUAUCAUAGACAUGGAAAAUGGGAAUCGACUUACACUCCUUAUGGAGUUCGCAUCCUACAUUUCAUGGAUAUGUUAUCUGUGUGUUUUCUUUGUGCUCAUAACCCGAUGUAACGUAUUUCGAGAUUCUUUGAAAGAUGCUUUUAAUGAUUGCAUGUCCCGACUGCGAAGGAAACGCUCACAAAUUGAACUAAAGUCAUUGAAGCCAGAGUACAAUCAAGUACCAUCAACAUCUACAAGUGUCUAAUUUCUAAAGGAAAAACAGCUUUUGCUUGUUGCAUUGAUGUAUAGUAACUGUAAUUUAUUCCCUUUAGCAGUAUUUAUUCGGAAAGCAACUGCAAUGUUUGCCUUCUUUUAUGCGUUGUUUUCUAUAAACUGGUCCAUUCGAGUCUCAUUCUAAUCUUCAUUUAUUAUUAAUAACUAAUCACAUGAAAUAGAAAAAUAGAGUUUAAAGUAAGGAGUUAUUUCAAAAGCAUGUGUAAGUUGCUAAUCUGAGACGUCAGCACAAACAAUAACUUAGAAGCCUAUUCAUGCAUAUUAUGUGUCUUCAAAUGAGGUAAUGGCUAUUUGAACAAAUGGACACAAACAAGCAUAACCUAAAUAUCAGUCCAUGGUUUCCACUACAUUAACCUCAAAAGUAAACAUUUCUACGAAAUUUCAAUGCAGCUAUAUAAUAUUUUAAAUUUUAUUGCGAAUUAAAAAAAGAUUUUCUUUUGCAUAAUUGAUAAAAGGCAGUCAACAUUUAAAUAGUGGUGCUGAAAUUGUUUUUACUACUUUAAUCAACAUGUCUAUUGUUAUUUCAUAGUAUGGCAAAUAUCUACCUUUUGAAAAUGAUGAACACAUUUUUAAUAUUCAAGUCAUAUUAUUAUAAAUAAACUUAAUAGGUACUAGUAAACAGCCACAAUGCUUUGGAUUCUUUUGAUGUUUUAUCCUGCUCAUUUUGUUCAAUAUCUUGGUUAUAAAAAGGAAUUGAAGCAUUUUUUAUGCUCCUCGAAGGGAGAGCAUAUAGUAGCCGCUUUGUCCGUCCGCAUUUUCUUGUCCGGGAUAUUACUCUGAAACUAAAAGAGGAUAUAAAAAACUAUGUAGGUAGAUUGAUCUCAUUUAGUAGAAGAGCAGUACACUGUUUGCUUAAUUUUGAGUUAUUGUCUUUUUUAAUUUUUACACUUUAAAAAUUGUCCAAGACAUAAGUCUGCAAGCACAAGAGGCAUCAAUAAGAAACUGAGUAGAAACUUAAUCUCAUUGUGAAGAAGUGCACUGCAUAAAAACAGUAGCCUUGACUAAUUUUGGAGUUUUAAAUUUUUUAUUUUUACAUUUUGAACUUCGACCGGGACAUAACACUGAAACUACAAGAGAUAUUAACACGAAACUAUAUCCAUGUGUUCAAAACCACUUCGGGGAGCAUCACACGGUUCGACCUGUCCUUGUCUGUUGGGGCUAUCUUUUAUCUUUAUAUAAAAAAUCUUUGUUUUUAUUGUUUGUAAGGAACAGGAUAGAAUUCUUAUAAAAAAUCUCUUCAUUUCAAUUAUAUGCUUGUAUAAAAUGUAAAUAUUUGUGUAUAUAUUCAUUUAUUCUUUUUCAGGAACUAUAUUUUGAUUACAUUAAAAUGUAUCAAAUGA